UAAUUUACGCGAUUUAGAGAGAAUGUAUUCUCUCCCAGCUCAGCAAGCUCUGUAGUCGCUUUUCCCUCUCUCUUUCGUUUCAUUCUACUUCCAAGCAUUCCGCAACACUUGGGAAUCUAUGGAGCGAGCUGCAAUUUCAGGCUUCGGAAGUUAUUUCACCCUUCGGAGCUAGAUCAAUGUCUUCGACUUACCCGAGAGAGGUGUGGCUCGGAGUGCUGUCUAGAUGUAGGCAUGGGUUUUUGGGUUUGCUGCAAAGCUGAUUAAGUCUUAAGCAGAAGAAAUUGCAGGUUUGAGAGCAGCGAGAUGCUGGCCACCUUUAUCGCAUCGACGCCAUUGUUGUCGGAAUCAUGGAGGAUGUGCAGUGUUGCCACCAGAAACUCGCCGCAGAGUUUCGUGAUGGAGCAAGUCGGGGAGAUUGUCUACGUGGCUUUCCCUGCUGCGCAGAUGGUCCAUGUGGGAUCGGAGCCGAGUUGCAGAGAGAUGGUGCGGCUAGAUUUCGCUAGCUGUAGUAGCGCUUUAUUUCCUCUGUGUCGGCCGAUCGACGGCGAGGAGCCGGUGAUGGUGCACGCAGCCUUGCUUUCUCUCUUCUUGUCGGUGUUUCAAUCUCCCAGUUUUCAAAGCCAGAUGCCGGCAUUAACUCAGAAAUGCAAAUCGGUGGUGAUCACAGGCCACUCUGUCGGUGGAGCACUGGCUUCCUUCUCCGCACUCUAUCUCCUCUCUCGCCUCCAAUCCCUCCCUUCUUCACCAUUCCACCUUAUCUGUAUCACUUUUGGCGCACCACUCCUCGGCAACCGCUCCCUUUCUCGAGCCAUUAUCCGUGAAAGAUGGGCUGCCAACUUUUGCCAUGUCCUCUCCAAACACGACGUGGUUCCCAGGCUCCUGAUUUCUCCACCUUCCCUCCUUGCUCCUCACCUCCAACACCUCCUCCACUUGUGCAAUCUGCCUAACCAACACAUUGCUGAAAUUUUCUGCUUCGUGUUGGCUUACUUGGUUCAAGCUGGAGAUGGGACGAGCACGAGUGGGUUUUGGCCAUUUGGGAGCUAUCUUUUCUGUUCUCAGAUGGGAGCUCUGUGUCUUGACACUGCUGAGUCGGUUAUCAAGAUGAUGCAGUUGACUCUCAUGACGGCUUCUCCAACUUCUUGCAUUGAAGACCAUCUCAACUACGAACAAUAUGUGGGUAGAGUUUGUUCCCAGUUUUUGACUGCUAGAAGCUUCGUGAAUGGAGUUAACGAACCAAACUAUGAUGCAGGCGUUUCGUUGGCCUUGGACUCAGCCGGAAUUCCAAAUCAGGAAAUGAUAGCGGGAGCAGCCAGAGAUUGUCUGAAGAUGGCAAGGAGGAUGACACGAACAUCACCAAAUCUGAAUGCUGGAGCGCUCGCCAUUAGAUUAUCUCACCAUGUACCUUACCGAGCAGAGAUUGAAUGGUACAAAGCAUGCUGUGAUAUGUCUGAUGAUCAAAUGGGUUACUAUGAUUCUUUCAAGUUAAGACAAUCUUCAAGAAGGGAAGCCAGAGUGAACAUGAACCGCAUCAAACUUGCCAACUUCUGGGACAGGAUAAUUGAAAUGUUGCAGAACAAUGAGCUGCCUCAUGAUUUUACCACGCGCGAAAAAUGGGUAAACACUUCUCAGUUCUACAAGCUCCUAUUCGAGCCACUAGAUAUAGCAGAAUAUUACAGGACCCAACAGCAUCGCGUGAAGGGUCAUUACAUUAAGCAUGGGAGAGAGAGGAGAUACGAGAUUUUUGACAGAUGGUGGAGGAACACACAUGUGGAUGAUGAAGGAAACAAGCAGAUCAGGAGCAGAUUCGCAAGUGCAACACAGGAUUCUUGUUUCUGGGCAAGAGUGGAGGAAGCAAGAGAUUGGAUUGACAGUGUUAGAAGUGAGAAUGAUGCAAGGAAGAGAGGUUUACUGUGGGAGAACAUUAAUGAAUUUGAAAAGUACGCCGAAGGGCUGGUGGAGAGGAAAGAAGUUUCCAUUGAUGUUCUGGCUAGGAAUUCAAGCUAUAGUUUGUGGGUGGAAGAUUUCAAAGUACUGAAAUCACAGAUUCAGAAAUUCCCUCCCCAUCACGAUCAUGAUUUUCCCAGCUAUUUGGAUGGAGGAAUUGUUCCUUAAUCUAUACCCCUACUAUGUGUAUCAUAUAUACACAUAUAUAUAUAUAUAUAUAUCAUGCUUUAGGCGUAAUUUCCAAGCGACUCUUAUUACCAUCUAUGUAAUAUAUAUGAUCAAUAAACGCUUGCAAUUCUAGCUUAGUUUUCUUUA